AUGCGAAGGGUAGGUCGAGAUCAAGAUUUCUGUGUAGUUGCUCGAUACAGAUUGCCAACUACAUUUAAUCAUAGUACCAAAUCGUAUUUGAAGUCACUGUGUCCUUUGUUGAUCGCAGAUUGCUCGCUAAUGCAACUGCGACCACAGAUUGCACUGAUGGUUGGUUUUACUUCCGUUCUUAUGGAUGCUGUCGAAAUGGGUGGGAAAAAGGAGAAGGAAUUGAUAACGACUCUUUUCUUACUUCAACAUCAUCUUAAAAAAUUAGCCAGAUUACCGCCGCAUGUACAUUGGUUUUUAAUUUAUGUAUGCCAUCCUUUGCGAACAUGA